UCUCAUUAUUUAACAACAACAAUCAUUCCUUUUCGGUACCGCAAGCCACCAAAAUAUAUUGUCUAUCGUGUUGCUUCGACCCCGCCUAAAAAUAGGUCUAUCAGAUACAGCGGUUAUGGACAUGGUGAUUACGAAUUUACAACAACAACGGCAAGUGACCGAGCAGCUUCGGCGUGAAGCGGCGAUAAAGCGCAUCACCGUGAGCAAAGCUGUCGAGGACAUCAUGAAAUAUAUCACUGAGCACGAACAAGAAGAUUGUCUUCUUGUUGGUUUUUCAUCUCAAAAGUUGAACCCAUACCGUGAAAAAAGCUCUUGUAUAGUUUUGUAAUAGAAACUGUUAUUCAACACCAACAACUUACACCAUGGAUUCACUGAAAUUGAUCACUCUUUCUAAAAUAUUUAAGUUCAAUAUUUAUGAACCAACUUAUAAUUUAACACUUUAAAA